AUGUCUGCCAUUGCCAGGGCGGUCAGAGAGAUCCAGAAGUUCUAUCAGCAGGUCUCGGGCAGGAAAAUUGAGAAGAUCCCUGAUUUCAAGCCUCGUGUUCGAUUUCCAGAUUAUAAUGUCCCCCUGACCGACUUUCAGGGCCACCAGGUAACGGCGCUCAAAAGAAUGAGGAGACUGGCCCCAGAAAUUGAUCUCGUGAUCGAACUGCGAGAUGCGCGCGCUCCCAUCACAACCACGAAUUUUCUCCUCGACCGAAUAUUCAAAGGAAAGCAAAAGAUCGUUCUCUACACGAAAGCCGAGCAAUCCUUAAUUAACCAAAGGAUCAUCAAGCAAUGGAAUGUCAGAAACGAGAGUUGGAGUUUCUUUGACAAGAAGAGAUACAACCACACAGCCAAAGUUGCCAAUAUGAUACUUGAGAAAUACAAUUUGAUGCACCCACCGCCGCCUCUAGGAAUGAAAGUUAUAGUUGCAGGCAUGCCAAAUGUGGGUAAGUCGACUUUGGUGAACAAACUGCGCCACAAACUUGCCAUUGACCAAGGAAAGAAGAAGGACGUGGCCAAGGUCGAGCGUGGGGGAGGAACCACGCGCGUUACGUCUGAGAUGAUCAAAAUCUCAGAAGACCCGUUGAUCUACGUCUACGACACGCCGGGAGUGUUGAUGCCCACAGUAGCAAACUCCAAGGCUAUGCUGACACAUGCACUUUUGCGGACUGUCGAUAAUACGACCGUGGACCCAAUCAUUGCGGCAGAUUAUCUCCUCUAUAUAUGGAAUCUGCUGAGUCCCGACGGCCAUUUUUACCGGUCAUUCACAAAAACCCCCACAAACGAUAUCCAGUAUCUUCUUGAGUGUGUGGCGCGGAAAAAGAUGUACACCAAGAACAAGGUCGGCAAGACGCGUCCGAGUGUGUCGCCAAAUGGAUAUGACCUCAAAGCAGCAGCAUUGGCUCUUCAGGAGCAGCUCAGGAUCGAGCAGACGAAUCGGCUGGCUUUCGAUCUUGAUAUGAUGCGAGAUCUAAGCAAAAAAGAGAUUGCCGAGAUACUAGAAGCGGAGAGAGUCAGAGUUGGAGAGAUGGAGAUGGAAUAUUUGGACUAA